AUUUGCAUUCAUUUUUAAAUCAUGGCCAAAAGUUUAAGAAGUAAGCGUAAAAGAAAAUUCAGAGCAAUCAAACGUGUUAAAAACGGCGUAAAAGAGUUAGAAAAAUUAAAAAAAGUUGUUAUCAAUUUAAAAUCCUUAGAAGAUGUGGUUAUAUCAAAACCUGAUAUUCUCUCCAUAAAAGAUAGCCAAAAAAUGGAAGUAAUAAAACAAUAUAAUACAAAGACUCAUAAAGAUGAACAUGGUCAGUAUCCAAAAUGGAUGAAUCAAAGGACUGUUGGUGAUCCACAAUUUUUUUUUCAUUCUGAUAUGACUGCAAAACCAGGGGCGGACUGGCGACGUUACGACCUCUUGGGCAUUUUUUUUAUAGCGGCCUCGUUUUUAUGGGGGCUUCGCCCCCAUACCUCCUAUUUUGCAGGCCUUCGGCCCGCUUUUGCUUGGCCUUCGGCCGUGUUCCCUUAAAUUCUUUAAAUUAUAAAUUUUUAUUACUUGUUAUUU